AUGGAAUCCACUGUCGAUAUCGAAGCCAUUCUCACAUCUUUGACGCUGGAGGAAAAGGUCACGCUUCUUUCUGGGAGGGCGCUCUUUGAAUCUGCGCCAAUUCCUGACAAGGGUGUGCCUUUCAUCAAGUUCACAGAUGGCCCUAAUGGUACACGAGGUCCCGCCGCGGACGGCAACACAGCCGCCGCAUGCUUCCCUGCAGCGUGCAGCAUCGCCGCGACCUUCGAUCUGGGUAUAGCCAGAAGAGUCGGUCACGCGCUCGGCCAGGAAGCUGUGGGCAAGGGGGCUCGAUGUCUGCUCGCCCCCACGGUCUGCAUCCAUCGUCAUCCCCUGGGAGGACGCAACUUUGAGAGUUUUAGCGAGGAUCCAUUUCUGUCUGGGAAGCUCGCCUCGCAGACGAUACAGGGAGUGCAAAACCAUGGAAUCGCGGCUACGAUAAAACACUUUGUCGCCAACGAGCAGGAGACAGAGCGCUUUACCGUCAACGAAGCUAUUACGGAGCGAGCCCUACGAGAGAUCUACCUGCGGCCAUUCGAGAUUGCAAUUAAGGAGGCCUCUCCUUGGGCCGUCAUGACGGCUUAUAAUUGCAUCAACGGUGUACAUUGCGACGCAAACAAGUGGUUGCUGGAAGACGUGCUGCGAGGCCAAUGGAAGUGGAAGGGCCUCGUCAUGAGCGACUGGGGCGGCACCAAUACCGUCGCCGAAGGGCUCAAGGCUGGCCUCGGCCUUGAAAUGCCAGGACCGCCGCAGGUGCGGAAGCUUGACGCCGUGAUGGAGGCGCUGAAGCAGGGCGAGUUAACAAAGAGCCAUAUCGACGAUCGAUCAAGGACAGUCCUUCAGUUCCUUGCACGAGUCGGUGCUUUCAACGACACCGAAGUGACAGCAUCCAACGUCAUCCCAGUUGCAGUUGAUAGGCCCGAGCAUAGGGCUUUGAUCCGGGAUGCUGGAGCACGCGGCAUUGUGCUUCUCAAGAAUAGCAACCAUGUCUUGCCGAUCAACAAGGAGAACACCAAGGGCAAAAAGAUUGCCUUGAUUGGGUACGCUAAAGUCGGCCUCGCUCACGGCGGCGGCAGCGCAGCUGUCAACGCCCAUUAUAAAAUCACGCCCUGGGAUGCCCUCCAUACAGCCCUCGGGGAACAUGUCGAAUUCGCGUUUGCAAUGGGGGCCCAUAGGGAGCGCCUCUUGGCUCCCAUCACCAAAGACGCUGGCUACGGAGAGAUCAUUGGUCUUGACGGUCAACCUGGCUUUACUCGUCAGCUAUCCGAGUUUCGUGGGCCCUUGGUCUCGACCAUCCACGGGUUCCCAGCAUCUGUCUACUCUCCGCUCGGCUCUCAGGAGUCGCUAUGGAAAGAUCUGGACCUCAUCGGGUACUUUACUCCUAAAGAGACAGGCACGCACUACCUCGCCUGCUCAGGCGUUGGCCCGACCCAGGUGUUCAUUGAUGACCGUCUCGUCCUUGAUCAACCCAUGAACUAUUCUGACCCAAUGGGGGCCUUCUUUGGCGUUGCCAACGAAUCGGAAAUCAGGGUUCACCUCGAGGCUAACAAAAAGUAUCGCCUGUGCAUCCAUAGCAGCCCGCCAGUCGAUGUCGGCCUCGAGAUCCUCGAGGGCCGGACGGGAGUGAGAAUGGGCUUUUCCCUCGAGUCGGAACACGACGCCGACUUGGUGACGGAAGCAGCUCAGGUAGCAGCCGAGGCUGACAUUGCUAUUGUCUUCACUGGCCACGACCCUCAGUGGGAGUCUGAGGGCCGAGAUCAAGAGGGCUUCCAUCUUCCGCGGAACCAGGAUGCCAUGGUGGCAGCCGUUGCAGCAGCGAAUCACAGAACCAUUGUCGUCAACUCAACUGGGGUCCCGGUUGCGAUGCCCUGGGUUGACAAGGUCGCAGCUGUGCUGCAGGCGUGGUUCCCUGGACAAGAGUGUGGCAAUGCCAUCGCCGAUGUUCUCACUGGAGCUGUGAACCCAGAAGGACGUCUUCCGGUUAGCUUUCCGAGAAAGAUUCAAGAUGCACCGGCCCAUGGCAACUUUCCUGGUACCUAUGUAAAUGGCCGCCUGGAGGUCGACUACGCCGAGGGCGUGUUUGUGGGAUAUCGGCACUAUGACCGUGUUGGUCAUGACAAGUUGAACUUUGCCUUUGGUCAUGGUCUUUCGUAUACUGACUUUGCCUAUGGGAACCUCAAAGUGUCUCAAGAAGCAGAUAACGCCUUCGCGGUCGCGGUUGAUGUCUCAAAUUCUGGGUCUCUGGAGGGGGCGACGGUUGCGCAAAUCUACGUUGGAAAGAAGAAUAGGAAUGCCGACCAACACCCUGUCAAGGCUCUUGUGGCCUUCCAGAAGGUUUUUCUGAAGCCUGGCGAGGAGCAAACUCUGCAGCUCUCCGUUGCUAUGCGGGACUUGGCUUACUAUGACGAGGCGCUGGGGCGGUGGGUGGUACAGGCAGGAGAAUACGACUUUUUGCUGGCAUCGUCGGCUUCAGAUAUCCUGGAGGUUGUUCCCGUCACUGUCGAGGGCUCUAGUUACUCGCCAUAG